GCCCGCCCAGCCUCACACAACUCUUCCUUCCUAGAAGAGGCAACCAGAGCAGCUCCAGCUCCGACCCCAGGAGACCGACCUCCUCCAGACGGCAGCUGCUGCAGCCCAGCCGACAACCCCAGCCACUACCGCCUGGAGCGUCCAGACACCAACCUCCGCCCAGAGUCCGAGUCCAGGCUCCGGCUGCGCCCCUCGUCGCUUCUGCGCCCCGCCGCGAGUCCUCCCGCCGCGCCCCACCAUGAUCGCCUCCAUGCCGGGUCCCGUCAGCCUCGCCUUGGUGCUCCUUGCCCUCUGCACCCGGCUCGCCACCAGCCAGGACUGCAGCGCGCAGUGUCAGUGCGCCGCUGAACCGGCGCCGCACUGCCCCGCCGGCGUGAGCUUGGUGCUGGACGGCUGCGGCUGCUGCCGGGUCUGUGCCAAGCAGCUAGGAGAACUGUGCACCGAACGUGACCCUUGCGACCCACACAAGGGCCUCUUCUGUGAUUUCGGCUCCCCCGCCAACCGCAAGAUCGGAGUGUGCACCGCCAAAGAUGGUGCACCCUGUGUCUUCGGUGGGUCGGUGUACCGCAGCGGCGAGUCCUUCCAAAGCAGCUGCAAAUACCAAUGCACUUGCCUGGACGGGGCCGUGGGUUGUGUGCCCCUGUGCAGCAUGGAUGUCCGCCUGCCCAGCCCUGACUGCCCCUUCCCGAGAAGGGUCAAGCUACCCGGGAAAUGCUGUGAGGAGUGGGUGUGUGAUGAGCCUAAGGACCGCACCGCGGUUGGCCCUGCCCUAGCCGCCUACCGACUGGAAGACACAUUCGGCCCAGAUCCAACUAUGAUGCGAGCCAACUGCCUGGUCCAGACCACAGAGUGGAGCGCCUGCUCGAAGACCUGUGGGAUGGGCAUCUCCACCCGGGUUACCAAUGAUAACACGUUCUGCAGACUGGAGAAGCAGAGUCGCCUCUGCAUGGUCAGGCCUUGUGAAGCUGACCUAGAAGAAAACAUUAAGAAGGGAAAAAAGUGUAUCCGGACCCCUAAAAUCGGCAAGCCUAUCAAGUUUGAGCUGUCUGGCUGCACCAGUGUGAAGACCUACCGGGCUAAGUUCUGUGGGGUGUGCACAGAUGGCCGAUGCUGCACGCCCCACAGAACCACCACUCUGCCAGUGGAGUUCAAAUGCCCCGAUGGCGAGAUCAUGAAAAAGAACAUGAUGUUCAUCAAAACCUGCGCCUGUCAUUACAACUGCCCUGGGGACAAUGACAUCUUUGAGUCCCUGUACUACCGGAAGAUGUAUGGGGACAUGGCAUAAAGGCAGGGAGUAAGGGACACGGACUCGUUAGACUAUAACUUGAACUGAGUUACAUCUCAUUUUUUUUUCUGUAAAAAAAUGAUUACAGUAGCAGCACAUUAAUUUAAAUCUGUGUUUUCUAACUGCUGGAGGAGAAAAAACAGCCCCACCAAAGUGAGAACAUUAUGCCAUUGUCAUACAAAUAGUCUGUCAAUCUCAGACACUGGUUUGGAGACAGUUUAGACUUGACCUUUGAUCUUUAGCGCACAGCACCAGAAUGUACACUGCGGUGUGUCUCCAGGAGCAGUUGGGGACAUCAAGAGAAAGGCAGGUGCUACCUGAGGUCAUUUGAAAAGCAACAGCUUGCCUGCCCUUUGGAGUGUAACUGGGAAAGAGAAUUAUAGCAUGCUUGCAGACGGACCUGCUCUAGCAACAGCUGGGUGUGUGUCUUCCGCUAGACAAGGCAGAGUCCAGCUGUUCUUCCACUGAGAACGGCAGGCUCAGCUCUGACACUCUGACUUCAAUGACAGUGAUCAAGAGUCAGAAUCUUGUCUGUUAGACUGGACAGCUUGUGGCAAGUGAGCUUGCCUGUAACAAGCCAGAUCUUUAUUGAUAUUGUAAAUAUUGUGGAUAUAUAUAUAUUUGUACAGUUAACUAAGUUAAUUUAAAGUUGUUUGUGCCUAUUGUUUUUUGUUUUAAAUGCUUUUUGGUAUUUUAAACCGAUAGCCUCAAAUUCCGAACACCAUAGAUAGGACAUAAAGCUUGUCUGUGGCUCCAAAACAAAAGAGAUACUGAAGAGGAAAAAAAAAUUGUAACCUGAGUGACUGUCUAUCAGAACAGACAGUAUGCUGAUGGAGAAGCAAUGCCUUAGAAGUCAGAUUUCUAGUAGGAAAUGUGGUCAGUGAACAAAUGACCUUUAUUAAGAGGUGGCUGGCUCAGGGUAGCUGGUCAGAUUUCCAUGUGGAAGUAUUUGCUUCUUCUUUGACUAUGACUGUUUUUUGGGCAGUUUAUUUGUUGAGAGUGUGACCAAAAGUUACAUGUUUGCACCUUUCUGGUUGAAAAUAAAGUAUAUAUAUUUUUUAUAUGAAAGUCUUG